CGAAAGUGAGAAGUGAGGUUAGAACUUCAAAAAAAGAUAAAUAAAAAUUGCUUACAACUUUGAAAAAAUUAUCUCUUGAAAAUAGGUGAAACAAUUUUUUUAAUAAAUAAUUGGUGAAUAUAAAUCUCUAGGGUUGGCAACGUUUUUUUAUCAAAAUAUCAAGUAAUUAACAUUAUUGUUUAUGUUAAUCAAGUGCACAACAUCAUCGAAGCUGUUUAGUGAUAGAAAAUCACGAAUCAAAAAUGAACAAACGGGGAUCUGAUUCCUAUUGAGUAGUCCCAACACGCCAACCAGUGAACAGUAAAACCUCUGAGAUCGCUUCAAUUAUUGUUCAGUCUGGACGGAUUAAAAAAUUUGGAACUGGAGGCCGAAAUUCCCAUAAGCAGUGUGGAAUGGAACGAUGAAGAGGUAAACACUGCCGAAAAUGCUGAAAUCUGGCUGAAAAACUGGAACAAGUAUGGUACUACCGAAUCGGACCAAUUAGAUGACGACCUGGAAUCCGUAAACAUUGCCAAUUUUUUCCAUAGAGUAGAUAGUGAUCAAAUAAUUUAUCACAUGAAAAAGAAACGAUUAAAAGUGAUCAGCAAAUAUGUUAUGGGAGAUUUAUUGGGAGAAGGAUCGUAUGGCAAAGUUAAGGAAGUUAUGGACGUCGAAACACUGAGUAGGCGAGCUGUCAAGAUAUUUAAAGAGAAAAAACUUCGGCGUAUACCUAAUGGAGAACAAAAUGUUUUAAAAGAAAUAAGCCUAUUAAAAAAGCUUCGCCAUAAAAAUGUUAUUCGCCUGAUAGACGAGUUUAGGAUAAACGAAAAAAGUAAGCUUUACAUAGUAAUGGAGUUUUGUGUGGGUUCAUUACAAACGAUGCUUGAUUCGGCACCAGAUAAAAAAUUUCCAGCACAACAAGCACAUGGGUAUUUCAUUCAACUAGUUCACGGUCUAGAAUAUCUGCACGGACAAAGAGUGAUACAUAAAGACAUUAAACCAGGCAAUUUACUGUUGACUUUGGAAGAAGAACUAAAAAUCACUGAUUUUGGUGUUGCAGAGACUUUUGACUUUUUCGCCAUAGACGACACUUGCUACAUAGGACAAGGAUCUCCAGCGUUUCAACCGCCAGAAAUUGCAAACGGAGCUGACAGCUUUGCCGGAUAUAAAGUAGAUAUUUGGAGCAGUGGAGUGACACUUUAUAAUUUUGUCACAGGUUCAUAUCCUUUCGAAGGCAACAACAUUUAUAAGUUAUUUGAAAGCAUCGGCACAGGAGUUUUCACAAUACCAACAGAAAUCCAAGAUCCUCUUAGAGAUUUAUUAUUUGGCAUGCUCAAAAUUAAUCCCACAGAACGGAUGACUUUACAACAAAUCAAACAACAUGCUUGGCUUAAUAGGAAACCACCGGCUAGCGACUACAAAGUACCGAUUCCACCAUUGAAAAACGACACAUGGCACAAUAUGACAGUAUUACCAUACCUUUGCAAUCAUUACUAUGAAAAUUGUAGCAAUGGCGACGAGAAUGGAACUUCGGAUGAUGUAGAGUACUUUACAGAACGUGAACUGAAUGCGAUGGAAAAUCGUAAACAAUCGGAAGGUACUUCUGAGCAGUCGGGAAGCACUAAAAGGAACAGUAAAAAACAAUCGAUCUCCUACAAGGCUGUUAGGAAUUUGUUCACGUGCAAACAGUCGUGACAUAGCGCAGUAUGUGAGAUAUGAUUUAAUCCUUGUUUAUUGUAUAAAUUGUGAUCCAAAUAAAAAACUUUUUAAACAAUAAAAAGAUGACACUCACUUUUAUUAUUAUUAUUAUUAUUAUUAUUAUUAUUAUUAUUAUU